AUGUUGUCUGAUCGCCCUGCGAAAACAAAGAGGAGAGAACCAAUCAAUAUUGAUUUCCCUUACUCUGAUGGCGAUAAGCAGCUAAAUCCAAAGGCCAUGUUAAGCUCUAAAGUUGAUUACGAGCUCAAGGACAAGGACAGUAGUAGUUACAAGAAAUACCUGAAGCGUGCAGGAGAAGAUAUUGCAAAUGCUUUAGGAUUUGAGGAUCCUCACCUUUAUCAGCUUCAAAGUUUACCUGAAGGGUAUCGCUUAUAUGCAUUCGAUUCGAAAGAGAACGGCAUAAAUCAGAAAGUAACUUUCUUGUUCGGCUCAAUUCACGUAAAGAAAUUCACUUCAAUAAAGGCAUUUACACCACACGCAGUCUGGCUCAAGACUGAUAGGAAGCAGCGGCACGAGAAUUGCAAGUGUAAUAAGCGUUAUCACGUAAAGCAUACCUUGCGCUCUGAAGCUAUUAGGGUUACUAUGAAAGAUCCAGGGCCACCUCCGCCGACAAAUAAGACAGUGGUGCGCCAGCAAGACUAUACCAUCCAGCCACAAACAGUAGCACCUCAAAAGCUAGAUAGAGAUAGAUCGACCCCAUCGCUUUUACGGUUGUAUGAGCUUUGCUGGGUGCGUCUCGAUAGACAAGGACUGCCUUUUCUUCCGCCACCGGAUAUCGCAACCGAACAACACAAGCUGUUCGUCGAUAAUAACUACAAAAUCGAUUAUUGGCCGGGUGAGGUUGUUGACUUUCAGUUUAAUGUUGAGGUGAGAGAUGGUCAACCGAUACAUAAGCGUCAGUUUGAGGUAUUCUUGCUGGGCACAAAGACACUCGUCAUGGUAGAUGAAGAUCGAAUAAGACCAUAUCUCUCAUUAAUAGUCCAACAAAAACACUUUCCUCCGACAUAUUUCCCUCUUCCCCGAUUCCAAAAUAAGCCAGACGUCCUGUUCGAAAAUAUCUCUGAUAUACCUCACAUAGCUAAUCAGGAUGUCUAUGACCGGGCGCUAGCUCUAACCGUUGGGAUUCGAGCAAGCUGGAACCUGAAGCAUCACGUCACACCUAUUGAUCACUACCAACUGAUAGUCAAAUACCAACCGGAGCCGCUCGAUUGCUUCAAAGGUAUAUGGCUAGGCGGGGAGAUGAUUUGGCUCGGCGAUAUGGUGCGCCUGCACAGAAGUGUUGGAAUAGAGGGUGGACAACCUGAAAAUGCAUCAUCUAUAUGCAUGUUGGUAUAUUAUCUUAUAGCGCUCGACUCAACGGUGCACGCUGUCGGAGCAUUGUAUGCAGUCGAGCCCACGAACGAACCUGCCAAGCCACUGAAACAUUAUCCGGAUAUUAUGUUGGACCAAGAAGCUCAGAGACAUAUACCACUUCCACCGUCAGGACAUAAGUGGAGCAGAUUGGCACAGGGUAAGCAUCACACUAUACCUAUCGACGUUAUCGGCGGUCGAUACUACCCGAAAGUACAGUGUGAAAGUGGGACAAUAAAAAAUCAACUCAUGGGAUUGGAGCCGGCUGACGAUGCGACAAUAAUGUCUUUUAAUUAUCACGAAGAUGAAAGUUCCUUCAAGCCCUAUGUUUUGAGUGUUGACAGGAAUAUUAGCGUGACCGAGGCGGAAAAGUUGUCACAGCUUUAUUAUCUGGAGCAAUGGAAAAGCUUCAUAUCGCAGCUGCAAGAGCUCGGUAGAUCCAGAAUGGCGUAG